CAAUGGAAAACAUUUUAAGAAACCAUAAUAAAGUCACCGCUGAGCACGACUUUUUCCAAUUUUACGAAGAAAAUGAACAACAAAUUUGAUGCAUUAAAAGUCGCAGAUGACAGUGGAGAGGAAGACAACUCGGAUUCACCACCUCGACCACCACCGAAACCAGGUCCUGGUGAACAUCCUCUGCAAUACAACUACUCAUACUGGUUCUCCCGGAGAACGCCUGGCAAACAGACGACAAGUUAUGAUCAGAAUCUCAAGUUGGUGGCAUCAUUUGCAUCUGUGGAACAGUUCUGGAUGUACUACAGUCAUCUAGUCCGACCGGGGGAUCUGUCAGGUCACAGUGACUACCAUUUAUUUAAAGACGGAAUCCGGCCAAUGUGGGAGGACAGUGCCAACAAGUCUGGAGGCAAGUGGAUCAUCCGUCUGAAGAAAGGCCUGGCAUCUCGGUGCUGGGAGAAUCUGGCGCUGGCCAUGUUGGGGGAACAGUUCAUGGUGGGGGAGGAGAUCUGUGGCGCCGUCGUCUCCAUCAGAUACCAGGAGGAUAUCCUGGCCUUGUGGAACCGGACAGCCUACGACCAAGUGACUACCUCCAGAAUCCGAGACACACUGAAGCGGGUCCUCAACCUUCCACCCAACACAAUCAUGGAGUACAAGACGCACACAGACAGCAUCAAAGAUAACUCAAGUUUCCGCAACACCGACGUCUUUAUGAGGUUUUAACAAAGGCAAGAAGACGUAAAUACAUAAAACAGUUGGAAAUUCAGGUCCGGGUUAUAGAUGACUCUAGUCGUUUCUAAAUAUAUUCAUUGUGAAGAAAAAUCUAAGAUUUAGAAGUGUAUGGACUGAUAAAAUGUCUCAACAGUGAAUGUGAUUGUGCUGGUGAACAUCUUUUAAAUUUGUAAAAAUCCAUUUGAACAUCUUAAGAGGCUUUCUACUUUUAAAUAAAUGUGCCAUGUGUUGAUAUCAUUUCAUGUAUUUAUUCCAAUACAUGUAAUAGGUUACAAAUCAUAAAAUGUUUGAACAGUUAAGUGUUUUUAGCUAUUGAAUGCAAGUGCAUUGAAUUCCAUUGAUAUCUGCAUUCUAACUUUCUUUGCUCUGAAAAUGUUAUGCAACAAUGCUGUUUACUAUUUGCAGCAUGUAUAGUGUUUACUAGCCCAGGCCACUUAUGUGGCUCUUGCUUCACGGGACGGCAGGGUAGCCGAAUGGUUAAAACUUUCUCUUGUCAUGCCAAAAGAGCUAGAUUCGAUUCCUCACAUGGGUACAAUGUGUGAAGCCCAUUUCUGGUGUCCUGCUGUGCUAUUGCUAGAAUAUUGGAAAAGGCGGUAUAAAAGCCGUACUCACUCUUGCUCCAAGGAUCUUUGAUCCUGAGGGUUAGUUGUGUUAGGGUAGGUUGAGCCUCCGCACUCCGAACCACUUUCUCAUCAAGCUCUCCUUUUAUAUCUGUAUGGUUAAUUUGGAGUAGGGUAUGAGUUUGUUAUCUCGUUUAACAAAUUAAUGUAAUUUAGAGAAAAUUUGUAGUUUUCUAUCAAGAUUUGAGUUUUGUGGAGAAAAAUGGCUACUGUGCAUUGUGCUUAUCAACUUGUGAAUAUUUGAGACAGUGCCUGUAGUGCUGAAUAGGUUUACUAAUUAGUUUAAGUUGGUAUAUGUUGGCAUAUGUUGGUAUAUGUUGGUAUAUGGUCUCUGCUGUAAACCAUUCUUAACACAGGAGUAUACUACACAAAAGAAGUUAAGGAUCAUCAUAUUUCUUCAUACAUUAAGUAUUACUAUGAAAGAAUCAUGAUGUGUUUUGAGUAGUAUAUGUAACAAAAUAAUGUCAUACCAACCACAACUUGAAAAACUUUGCUUCUCUAAACAGUGAAAGACUUUGGCACAAAUGAUAGAACAGGUGGUACCCAUAGUAAUACUAUCUGUGGCAUAAUUCUGAUAUGAAUGCAUGAUAUUCCUAGGUUUUAUACAAUAGAGUUUGUUUUACAGAUCAGAGAUGUGAAGAUGGCAAGUUUGAGAGUGAUAAUACUAAUAGUUUAGUUUCAGGAAGAACAUCCGAUGUCAUCAAUUUUCUUGAAAUAAGAAUUCAUCCUGUUCUCUCACUAACUGUACAUGACCUUAUAUACAAAUGAGAUGGGGUGAAUUCUUAUUUGUCAACAUUGUUUAUAUUUUUGAAGAAAUGUACAGAUGUAAUUAAAAAGUAUUAAGUCAG